GCGGAGCCGGGGGCGGCUCCGGGAGCCCCCUCGGCCGUCGCCAUGGCCGCCGCCACCUGGCGCUACCGCGGGGACCUCGGCGCGGAGCGGCCCGCGGCGCUCGUGCGGUUCGCCAACGGGAGGCUGCGGAGCCCCGAGUCCCUGCGCUUCACCGCGUACCGGAGCCGGGACACGACGCACCCCCGAAAGAGGCACCGCAGGAUCCUGGUCUCGGAGACGGAGCGCCUUUGCUACGUGGGGCACAAUUUCGGCAGCGGGGUCAUGAAGUGCAACUCCCUGUGCAGGUACUUUGUGGGUGUGCUGGACAAGGACUCUGGGCAGAUGGAGGUCUACAAUGCCGAGAUGUUCAACAUGCAGCCCCUGCUCUCAGAUAACUUGAUACCUGAUGACACGAAGGAUUAUCAGAAAAAGUCCUACAGGGAGAAGGUGGAUUUGUGCAUCGAGGCCUUUGGCACCAGCAAGCAGAAGCGAGCCCUGAGCUCUCGGCGCAUGAACGCUGUGGGCAGCGACAUCGUGAGCACGGCUGUGACAAAAGCAGCAGCGAAUAUCAUAGAUGCAAAGGGAGUUACAGCUCUGAUGCAGGAUGUGGCCCAGGAUGACGUGCAAACCGUCUCUGCCUUCCUCCCGCCGUGCCACGAGGAUGCAGACAGGCCAGAGCACGUGUACAAGUUUGAGGACAUCCUGUCCCCCGCUGAGUACGAGGCGCUGCGGGUGCCGGCGGCUGCCCUGGCCAGCGCCACCGCGGAGGACAUCGCCAAGAGGGCAGAGGAGAGGAGCCACUGCUCCUUUGUUUUGGAGGAGCUGAAGUUCCUGCCUGCUGAUGAGAAGAGCAGGGACCACAAAGCCCGAUGCCUCUGGUUCCUGGACACCCUCAUUAAGUUCAGCCACCUGAAAGUGAUCAAGAAGAAACAUCCAAUGGGUCCCGAAUGCCCACACAUUAUCAGCAGGAAACUCAUGAAGAAUUUCACCUCACUGACCUACAACAACGGCAGUGUCCAGAAUUUGGUCUCUGCCUCCAUGAAGGCUAAAAUCACCGCCUACGUCAUUGUCUUGGCUCUGCACAUCAACAACUUCCAGACGGACCUCACCGUCCUGCAGAACGACAUGAAGCUCCAGGAGAGCAGGAUCCUGGACAUCGCCAAGGCCCUGCGGCUGAAGGUGUCCAAGGCCAAAGGGGUGCCGGGGCUGGAGAGCGACCAGAACCACAAGCUGGGCACUCUCUCCCUGCCCUUGCCCGUGCAGAAGGCGCCGGUAGGACAGCGGAAGCGCAAGAAAAUGAACUGAGAAGCCCAAGAGGGCCCUCCCUCAGAGUGUUAUGGGGAUGGCUUUGUCUGCUGGAGUUGGGUCCAGCACCAGGAUGGAGAUGUUUGCUUCAUUACAAUGCUGCUUUUUUCUAUAUAUGUAGAAAAAACUGUAAUAAAGCGUUUUCUUUUUUUCCA